GCACGACCGAAUAAAAAGGUCUCCACAGCCCUCUUGUAUCACUGCAUAGACACCAGGGCCUCACGAAUACAGCGGCCUCAUAUCUCGCUCAUUUCACCUAGAAAACAAUGACGCAACACGCAGAAAGGCGCACACAGUCUCCUGCGCUCCCCUUGCCACUCUAUCACUCACCUGCACGUGAUAGACUUCCAUCUGAUCGCACGUGAAGUUGUCCGACUGCGCCAAUGUGCCGUCGCCGUCUUUAUCCCUUUCCCCCGAGAACCCCGCUGGCAAUUGCUCCUUCUUGAUCCACUGUUGGCAGCGGCUGAGGUCGGCGGCCGGACCAGGCUGAGCGAAGCCGAGCCAGAGAUAGCCCUUGCCGAUGGCCACAUUGGCGAGUGGCUCGCCGUUGUCGCCCUUCACCUUCACCGCCCCCUGUGUGCCGGCCACUCUCACCCUCUGCCUCUCCUCGUGUAUCUCGAUCUUGGUCGGCGCGUCAUACGCGCCGGACAGCGAAAAGAAGAAGACGGGCACCUUGUAGCCGUUGGUCUUUGCGGGAUCAGCAGGCGGUGUAAUGGGGCCGUUGAUGAAGGCGCCGAAUCGGUGUGUGUCGCCAUGUCGGAGGGCGAAGAGGAGGCCGCUCUUGCCGGUCACCUUGUUGAGAAAGGAGGGGUACUCAAAUGUGUCACGACUGGACCUGAUAUCAACCCACACACACACAGAAAUGUCUGAGUGUCCCAAUCGCAUUCCCUCUGUGUGUGGCCUCCUCACUUGUAGAUGAGUGUGACUGUGGGUGAGGGUUUGCCGGUCAUGUCGACGACUUUGCCCCACUCGUCGUCGGUCUCGAUGACGAAGCCGCCCCCCGCCACACCGCUGAAGAAGGGCUCGUACUUGAGACCAUACAUCUCAGUGUCCGUCCGAAUCUGUUUGGCGUUG